AUGGCAUCUCUGCUCCAUAACAUUGCUCAAGACGCUGCCGAGGUCGCCGGCAAGCUGGGUCUCGACCCUCGUCCCGUGCAGAAGGCUACUCUCUUCCAGGGUGCCAACAAAGGCCCUGCUGAGACUGCUGCUUGUAUCACUGGUGUUCAGGAAACUCACGUGAAGGAGGACAAUGCUCCUUACUUGACCAACAACUACGGUAUUCCCUGGCCUACCACCAACCAUUCCCUUAAUGUCGGUGGAAUCCCCGUCGCUUCCGACACCUUCCUCUUCGAGAAGCAGCAGACCUUCAACCGUUCCAAGACUUUGGAGCGUAUGGUCCACCCCUGUGGAUCCGGUGCUUUCGGAUACUUUGAGGUCACCCAGGACGUCUCAGACCUCUGCAAAGCCGACUUUUUGAGUGAGGUCGGUAAGAAGACUCCUGUGUUCGUUCGUUUCUCUACCGUCACGUUCGGUCGUGAGUUCCCCGACUCUGGUCGUAACCCCCGUGGAUUCGCGAUCAAGUUCUACACCGGCGAAGGAAACUACGACAUCGUGGGUCUCAACUGGCCUAUCUUCUUCUGCCGUGAUCCUAUGCAGGGUCCGGAUGUGAUCCGCUCUCAGCAGCGUAACCCGCAGAACUUCCUCCUCGACUUUGACUCCCUCUUCGACUUCCUCGCCAUGGUUCCCGAGUCUAACCACGCUGGACUCAUGUUCUUCUCCGACCACGGUACGCCCAAUGGAUGGAGGUUUGAACAUGGCUACGGUGCGCACACGUUCAAGUGGGUUAACAAGGAUGGGGGUGCUGUGUACGUCAAGUACCACUUCAUCGCGAAGCACGGACAAAAGCAGUUCACCUGGGAGGAAGCCGUCCGCAUGAGUGGUGAAGACCCCGAUUACUCCAAGCGUGACCUCUGGGCUGCUAUCGAGCGUGGCGAGGAGAUCGAGUGGAAGGCGAUGUACCAAGUCAUGACCCUCGACGAAGCCGCCCAGCAGGACUUCGACCCCUUCGACGUCACCAAGGUCUGGCCUCGUGGUCUCUUCCCCAUGAAGGAGUUUGGAAAGUUGGUGUUGAACCGCAACCCCGAAGACUACCACCGCGACGUCGAACAAUCCGCAUUCUCCCCCGGCUCCAUGGUUCCUGGAAUCGAGCCCUCUCCCGACAUGUUGUUGCAGUUCCGCACCUUCUUCUACCGCGACGCGCAAUUCCACCGUCUCGGCGUGAAUCUCCACCAAAUCCCCGUCAACUGCCCUUUCAUGUCCCAAUCCUACUCAUCCAUCAACAACGCGGGUCCCAUGCGCGUGGAUGCCAACACCGGACAGAAGCCCCACUACUGGCCCAACUCCUACAACACCCCCAAGUUCCGCCAGGAUGUCGACUACAAGCCCGUCAAGGUCGCUGACAAUAUCCUCUCCCGCCAGUCGCACAGCAUGCACGAAGGCAAAUUCUCCGAAUACACCCAAGCAACCGAACUCUACCGCCGCGUAAUGGACGACGGCGCACGCGCCAACACCCACAAAAACACCGUCGCAUACCUCAAAUGGGUCGAACCCCGUAUCCAGAAACUCUAUUUGAGUCAAUGCUACUGCAUCGCGCCGGAGUAUGCUAGGGGCAUCUACGAUUUGUUGCCGGAGAAGAAGUUUGAGUUUGGGGAUGUGGAGGAGUUGGCGAAGACGGCGCCGAUGAGGGGGAAGGAGGAGGAGUAUAUGCCGAAGGAGGACUGGCACAGGCUGAUUGGGGUUGAUGUUGAUAGUAAGGUUGUGCCGACUUUGACGGCGACGAGUAUUAGCAAGUAG